AUGUCGAAUUUACGCGCCAACUCGAAAUCCAGGCCUGAACUGGAUCAUUAUUCCAUUCGGUCUUCCCUCCCUCCGUCUGCCUGCUCGUCUUCUCCAACGAAUCCGAAGCGCCCAUUCGGAUUUCGACCAACACACGGACUAGCAACCUCAACAUCCUCCCUCUCCACUACCAAUCUCCGGAGCUUCUCCAAAACAACCUCGUUCUCGUCAACUGCCGCGAAGUUUAAGCCUUUUUCCAAGUACCGAUCUCGCAGGCCAUCGGACGACUCUCUGACAGAUCUUUCUCCUCCGACUCACUCUGACCUCGAUCAAAUUUCUCCGCAUUGGAAUGUUGCAUUAGAUCACCAGGCAAACUCACAGCCAUCCUCACCUUUGCGAAGCCAGCGGAACUCCGCAAUCUUUCUAGGCAAUUCCAAGCCUCCUUCAGUGUCGAACAAGCCCUCCAAAGAGAGUUCUUCCGCUGGCAACAUGAAUUUGUUCAAAAGCCACGGCAGUCAACCCUCCUUCUCCUCACGCUUACGUCUUUUGUCCAAAAACUCUUCGGAAAGGCAAACCCCGGAGAAAAGCAAACCUUCACUGAAAAGUCAGCUAGAGCCCUCCCCAAGCCGCUCUCUUAAGCCAGCUGUGCUCAAACCAUUCCAGAGCAAAGCGGGAAAACAGGAACUAGAGCCAAACAAUUCCACAGCCUUGGAAGAAUUCGAAGCUAUCCAGUCGCCACCAUGUGAUCUGCGCAUAGUGGCCAAUCCAAACUAUCCACCUAGGUCAUUUAGCAUUGCUGGUCGACCAGUAAUAGAUGACUCGUUUCAUGAGCUCAGUCGGUCAUCGUCUUCUCCCAAUCUCAACAAGCCAACCACUUUUUCGCAACGCCUAUCAGGAGAAUCGGUACGCAGCACCGCUUUACUCAACGUUACCGGAAGUCCCAAGAGGAAUCACGCCCCACCUCCGAUUAAAGUUCCGAAGCUGCGUGCGAGCACCAUUGCAAUUGCGAUUGGUAGCGAGGCAUCGCCGAUCGGGGUUUGCCCCAAGCCUAUCUCUCGGCAUAAUCACUCCAGGUCUGAGUGCGGUAACCACUUCGUUCGUCGUCUUGCGAGUCUCGAAUGGCAUGGCCAUGGCAAGAAGUCGCCCGCGCAGGAGCCACUUCCAGAUCGUAGUAAGCAGCCGGCACACGAAGUUCAACUUGAGCAGAAAAAUCACAAUCGCAUCGAGGAAAAUCUAAGCGUCGAUAUUUUCGAUGCGCUGGCUGCCUCGACUAGCCCUCGCAGUGGCGUGAUUUCCAUCUCCAACUCUUCCAAAGUUAUCAAAGAUAAAGCACCCGAUGUGAUGCCUUUGCAACCCGCUCCUCGUCGACUAUCCGGCUAUGCUCAUCACUCCAGCACUGACUCCAAAGGGCCAACGAUGCCCUUGUUGAUAUCCAAGCAUUCACGCUCUGUCGGCAACACCCAUUACACUGCCUCCCAGCACCGCGUUCGCUCGAGCAUGUGUUCGGAAAGUGCCACUCUCGACCUAACAGUCAUUCAAUCAUCCACUCGAAACGUCAGGCGCACCCGAUCGUCGAGCAAGAUCUCGUUCGCUACCAAUCACUCACGCUACCCGGAGACUCCUAAACAAUCUGCGAACAGCUUUCUACCAAAUUCAUCUUGGAGCCCCAUUCAUGAGUCAACAGAAAAGCAAGAGAUUUGUCCAGCCACUCACGGAACUUCGCCGGGCUCUAUUCCUUUUCCGACAGCUGAGUGGUCGAGCCAGCUAGACCCUUCGCCAAUUGAAGAGACAAUCGCCUCAUCUGGCGAUGAAAAUGAAACAUGUGGAAUUCACAUUCAGAACAGGGCUCAUCGUGAGUGUCAAGUUACACAGGGCUCGAGUCCCCCCGGCAAAAAUGAAGUUACAAUCUCUGGCAAGAACAGGCAAAUCCAGCGCGCCACAUCAUUCGACAUCCGCAAUUUCCCGUUGCAUCUCGACACUUCUCAGCGACCGGACGCUCUUCCUGUUAUCGCCAUACCUCAACCAAUUAUAAUCCCGCAAUUUGUGUGUGGUGGCCUCCCCGCCUUACCGGGCGCUGAGGAGAACAUCGAAAGCUACAGCAAAUCUUCCAUACCAGUAUCCAACGCUACCAUUCGCCCAUACGAGUCAAGUGACUUGAGCUCACUGAGGUCCAUCGUAUCAAAUGGAUCAUCCGCCGAAGCAUGGAGGGGUAUGAAUCGUAUCUUCACGCCAUCGAGCACUCCGCCAUCCAAUCACUCGAGUGAAUACGCUUUCAGAGCGAUCUCGCAGAAGGCGACUCCUCUCUUUCAAUCCGGAUUUGAUAGCACUUCUCGUAGUCUCAGCGUCGAUGACUUUUAUCUCAACAUCAACAGCAAUGCCCUUUUGGACUUAUCGAGAAGAGAGAUCAAGAAAGUACCUCGUCCACGCUCUAUGUCCGAUCGUGGACCCAGCCGGUAUGAGAUUCUGGCACAGUUACUGGAACACCGCAAAAACUCCAUUUAUAGUCAAAAAACUUCACCUUUCACUGCAGAACGCCUAUUGUCAAGUUGCACUCGAGCUGAAGCCCCUCAGUCUAGUCAGUGGCUCACGGCAUCAAUUGCACAAAAGAUUCGCGAAAGUACUCGGUCAGAGCUUGAGAAUCUCGUCACCGAAGCGCUCAAAAUUUUCCAUUCGGAUUCCCAUCGCUUUAUGGUCGGGGACAUCAAGGAACUCAUUCGGGAAGGAAGAAAAUCUGAGCAAAAGGCCGAGAAAUUGCGCCGGCAAUUCAUAGCUGAUUUGAACGCCAGAGAAAAGCUUCUUCAUCGGAAUGUAAUGACCUUACAGGCCUUAAAUGGUGACAAAGGUGCCCGGUUUGGAGAAUCUAUACUGAAAGUGGUCAUGAACACCGACCAGCUCACCUCCGAAUUACUUGGCUUGAUUGACCAUACUUCCAAGGUUGACCGGAUGUGUGAGGCUCAUUGGCGAGCCGCAGCCACCGUUCAAAUGAACAACCUGGCGAUGAAAGAGGCCCAGCUCGAAGCCGCACAGUCCCGCAUCGAGCAACUCGAAUCCGACCGUGCUCGUCAUGUCAAGCAGAUUUCAGAUUUACAAGCCAAAGUUGAUGCGAUACAUGAUCAAGCAAGGCCUAGCUCCAGAGCUACAGAUUCCGAUUCGGUUUGCUCUGGACCUCUUCUUAGUGUUCGCAAGAAUUCGAAAAACAGUCAGGAAUUAUCCCGAGAUGGAAUCGUGUCUGACUCACCCUCAUCAACACCGCGAAUGGGUCAUUUCCCGUAUCAUUGCCCUCAACAGCUUCCUCAUGCUAAUCUCGUUCAGAGCAGAGUGCGGUUCAACUCCACUCAUAGUUUCGGUUCGUCUCAUAGCUGGAACGCACCCUUUGAGAAUGGUUCCAACGAAGGAGGCUGUUCAGCUAUAUUGCCAGAACCAGUGUCACCCCGGACAGCGUUCCUAUCACCCUACGGUUUGGCUCAUAACCAAGCAGCUUCGCAUGAGCGUUCAGAGUCAUCCUCAUCCUCGUUACCAGGAAGCAGAAACGAAGGGGUUCCCAAGUCGCCGCGAAAAACUCACAAGCCGAGCUUCUCCAACGUAUCUUUGACGGCCCAUUCCAAUUCUGCCACCAAUUUUCAACGCUCGGAGAGUUUUAGCUCAAAGAAGGCCCAAGCCACAGCCGUGGUUCCUCGCAACAUCCUCGCCAACAGCAAUUCCAUCAAACAUAAAGGACACAUGAAUGGCAUUCAUCUCAAAUCUAAUCGGUCCAGCUCACUCAACGCGUCUGAUCUGAAAAUUGAGGUUGUCGAUUCGAAUAUGCAUGGUCCUCAGGAUCCCAAGCCCCGCUCUACUUCGAACACUUUCUUACCUUAUCUGAAGAGUGGCACACCACCUUCUAUCUUGGAAUCAUCUUCCAUCGAUGCCUCGAAUGAAUUCCAAUCUUCAAACACGGCUUCGCGAGGACCUUCGUCUUCCAGUUUGUCGCGCUUUCCACGACAAGCAGCCCCGGCUCCAAAGCUACCAUUACCAUAUGAAUCACAUUCGCGUCGACGCGGGCAAUGGUCCCCGACGAGCCCACCACAGGGUAACUUGAGCUCAAUCACUCUAUCCCAGUUGGGAUCAAUCGACAUCGCGAACCUAUUAACCAACAUCGAAUCUUCGAGUCAAUAA